AAUUAAUAUAUAAAUAUGGAUAACUAAUGUGCAACGCAAGCUAUAGAGAUAAGUUUCAAUCUUAAUUCGUGAUCAUGAGAUAUUUUCUGUUAUCAUUUUAAAUGGCCAUCCUGAUUCGCUGAUUUCGUUCUGAGUCUGUUUAUCUUAAUAGGUUGUCAUUUUUCGAAAGUUUCCCUCCAAACACUAAAAAAGAUAAAGUUGGCCAAAAAGCUGUUUGAAAUUUCCAACCAUCGAUUCGUUAGUUUCCAGGCUAUUACAGUUCCUCAUUCUUUCUGCUCUCAUAUCUCUUGCGUUUCGGAUAGUUUAAUAAUUGUUCGCCGUUUAUCGAUUUUUGACGGGAACAACGAUAACUUUUCGUACCUUUUACACCCAAUUCCAACGAAUAAAUAAAAAUAAUUGUAAGACAUUACAUGCUAUAUUUCCAGUAUUUUAUUGCUGUAUUUAGUACAUACCUUUUAUACUUUUAAUUUUAUUCAAUAUGGAAGGUGAACACUCAAACACAAUUGAAAAUCCUAACCAAUGUGCUACGAUUCUUUGUGUUCAAUAUCUUUUAACAAAUCAUAUGAAGAGUAAACAUCCCAUAAAAAGAGAUGAUUUGAUGAAAACUGUCUUCAAAGGUCGUGUUACAGGAAGGAAUUUUGAAAAUGUUAUGAAUGAUGUGGAUAAUACUUUAAAAAAUGUCUUCGGUUUUUCUAUAUUAUUUCUUAACAAUGAAAAAAAAAAAUUAUUCAAGCAAUUUAUAAUUGUGAAUACUAUUGAAGAAUUUAAAAUUCCUGGAAUUUGUUAUAGUUUUUCUCAGUUAUCAAAAUAUCGUAUUUUACUUAAGCCUAUUCUUGGUGCUUUGAUUAUGCUUCGUAUGCCAAUUAGUGAAGGCCAAAUGUGGAAUAUAUUGGAACAAUUUUCAAUAAAAUUAAAUUUAGACAUGGACUAUAUCAAGACUAUGGUUAAAGGACAUUUUGUAAAAGAACAGUAUCUUGAAUGUAAAGAAACUGAUGAUACUACUAUAAGGUUUGAUCCAGAAAGAACAAGUUAUUGGUUUACAAUGGGACCCAGAGCAUUAGAAGAAUGUGACCAGUUAAUGGUAUUAAAGAAAAUUGCAAAAUUGUACAAUAUGCCUGCCCAAUCAUUCAAGCGUGUAUAUGCUGAGCUUAAUAAGUAAUAUUUAAUUUUGAUUACGUUGUGUUAAGAACUUGAAUUUUGUGUUAAUAUUGAUAAUGCCAUAUUUAUAAUUAUAGAUAUAUGACUUAUUAGUUUCAAAAAAAGAGAAAUAUACUUUUAAUUGUAUAUUCAUGUA